AUGCUGCUUGCUCUACACGGGAAGCGAUUACUAAAAAGGGCGGACCUUUUGGUGCAAGAGGAACGAGGAAGGCUUUUGCGCGAGCUUCACGCGGAGCUGGACGUUGAAAGAAAGAAGUUCGAGGCAAGAAAGCCUGCCAUAUCGGAGGAGAUCGUGGCAGACUACGACUCUUGCAACGCCUGGGCUAUCCUAGCCUACCCUUGCAUGGAGUACGCGCUCAUAUUUCUCUUGUUCUGCGGCCCACAUGACAAGGGCAGAGCACUGCACGAGGGAGAAGCGGCGUUUGGACAUUCAUGCCGACUCAUCAGGCAGCAAAGCGACCACAACAUACAGGCUAAGAUAGACGCGAUGGGUGGAGAGGCCGCGAUCGCUCAGGAAAUAGCUCUAGCGGCACUUCGUGAGGUAGAGGCCAGCAUCACUGAGGAGGAGCUGUCUAGGGUGACUAGUGACUUGGAGGGGGACAGGAGAGAAGCCGAAACCGAGCUGAAACGACAACUGCAUAGGGAGGCAGCAAGAUCCAUCAAUCUUGCCGUUGAAGCAUGCACGUCCAAGCACAAACGAGUCCAGCACGAGACCACGGUCAGAGCCGCGGAGGCGUUGAGGCAAGCACUCGACGCGGCGGGCGAGGACGAAGUAACGCGCACCAAGGUCGCGUUGGGGCGGUAA